AUGUUAGUUUAACAAACUUUUAUACUAAUAAUCUUUAUGUUGAAUUUAAAUGUGAUGUUGAAACUGCUAAUAUAACAAAGGAUUUUGUGCAAUAUCUAGGUAUUUGAUUGUCAUUCAUUAUGUAUUUUAUGUAUGAUUACGAUUUAGUGUCCUCCUUUUUGUUCUAGCUGUAUAAGUUAAAUAGAAUGUUCAGAUGAAUGCUGUGCUGGUCCCAAUUGUGGAGGUAGUUAAUAUUUAGACUUUAAUUCAAUUACUGAAUUCAUUUAAAAGUUCAGAAUAAUGUACUUAAUGUGUUAAUAAUUAAUUUUAUUUGACUAAUGGAAUUUGUUUAUGUAAUCCAUUUAUAUUAAAUAAGGAGAUAAUUGCAUUUAAUGCAAUAAAUAUUGUGAAUAUUGCUAUGGUGAUUCAUAAUAUAAUUGUCUUACUUGUGUAAGAGAUUAUUAUAAUAGAGGCAAUAAUAGAUAUUAAUGUUUCUGUUUGCCUGGAUAUUAUGAUGAUGGAAUAAAUUUACCAUGUCUUCCUAUUUGUGGUGAUUCAAUAAUAGUAAAUAAUAGUAGAAGGUCAGGAUUGUGAUGAUGGAAAUAAUAACCCAUUUUAUGGUUUCAUUAAUGGUAAAUUUGGUUGUUAUUUUGCAUUUGAAUAUCAAAAUUAUUUAAAUAGUUUUAUUAAUUCCUUGCUGUAUAUGCUUAAAUGGAAAAUUUUAUUAAUGUAAAAGUGAAUUUGAUGUGUAUAAUAAUGACUGUCGCUCUAUUUGUUAGGUAAUUCAAUCACAUUACUCCAAUAAUGCAAUUAAGAAUAAAGAAACUGUGUUAAUUGUUAAUAUGAAUGCUAUCCUAAGUUUUUAUAUUGUCAUUUUGGAAGAUGUGUUAAAUGUAAUGAAGAUAAAGGUUGGUACAUUUAAAUUGAUGGAAAAUGUAAUUCCAUUUGUGGAGAUGGAAUUGUUGCCAAUUUAAGUGAAAUGUGUGAUGAUGGAAAUGGUAACCCAUAAGAUGGAUGCCAUUAAUGUUAAUUUUCUUGUGAUUAAUUUUAUCAUACUUUUGUAAAUUCUUAGUGUCUAAAUUGUAAAAAAGGCUAUCGAUUAAUAUUAAACAAAUGUAUUCCAUUAUGUAAUGAUGACCUAUUAGUGUAUCCUGAAUAAUGUGAAAAUAAUCAUUAAUUAACUUUUGAUGGUUGUUUUGAUUGCUAAUUUUAAUGUUGAAUUCAUUGCAAAAUAUUGUAUCUGUCAAUAAUGCAAUGAAGAAAGUGAUUGGUAGAUAUAAAAAGUUAGAACCUAUUAAUCUGUAUUCUAAUUGUCUUUGUAAAUAAUGUUAAAUUAAAUGCGAUAUCAAUUGUUUAUAAUGUGA